GGAGCUGGGAAUGCCCACGUGGCUUACUUUCAUCUGGGUAGACAGUUAAAUCCAGUGACAGGCGGUAAAGCCCACGAUUAAUUCUACAGCAGUUUUGAAGAACGUAUGCAAACCUUCCUUCCUUUUUACCAACUGUUUGUGUUUGCAGUAACGCUCAAAAUGAUUCCAGGAGAAAACCAAUCAGUUGAACUGAAGUGAAGGUCUUGCAGAACGAACCCAGGAAAGUUUCGAGUUAACUUUUUCAAGGUUCAAAGAUAAAGCUGAAAUUUUCUAAGACAGAGCAUACGACCAUUUUGAGACACUUGACACCCUCUUCGCAAGCCCUGUAGCAAGCGUUGGCACUUGAAGGUGAUAACGUCGUGGGUUCUGUGUAACCCGGAGUUAAUCAUGGCAGACGAAAAGGAGAUUACAAUAACUCACAACGGUGAAAACGACGUUUUUUAUAUUAAAGAUGUCAAUCUUGACAGAUUGAAAGAAUAUUUUGGUUUUGAAGUUAAAUCGUUGAAAAACUGUGCGGACAAUCGGGUCGUCUUCAUCACAAGUGGUCACCCCAACGUAACUGCAGGAGCUACGUAUAAAAUAGCAUCAACGACCCAAUCAAACGCAACACCAGAUUAUGAUGAAGAUCAAGCUGAAACCGAAAAUUUUGACAAAAAAUGGCUAGAUGAAAACCAAAAAACAGUCCAGAAUGCUCUGAUUGCAAGCCUUGCAUCGUAUGAAACCGAUGCUCAGAAAUAUCUCAAUAGCCGGCUAAACGACCAUAAUUUGAAGUCAGUCGUUCAAAGCGUUAAUGGCGAUUGCUCUUUCAUAAUCGCUGAAAGCGAUGACAAAAAAACGGUGUACGUGGCGUUCAAAGAAACCAAUUGCUGGAAAGAUCUUAUUAAAGAUUUUCACAUCCACAGUAAACAAACUCAGUGUGCCUCAUCAAGAGGCAGAUUUAAUUCGGGGUUUUUGAAAUGCGCGGACGCGUUUCCUUUGAUGACAGUCAGUGAGUUUCUGGUAGAAAAAAAUGUUGUCGUUUGCGGACAUUCACUUGGCGGAGCUAUAUCUUCUAUAGUUUUUUGUCAUCUUCUUUCUAGAGAACCAUUCAGAAAAUUGGAAAUAAGCGCUGGUAUAUUAAAUAUCACCUUCGGCUCACCUCUGUUCGCAGAUUUGGAGUUCAGAAAAAUCUUAAACAAAGAAAUCGAACAAAUGACUCCGCGACCACAAAUGUAUCACUUUGUUUCAAAAUACGACCCAGUUCCCAGGUUACUUUGCCUUGCUCUAAGCGUUCCUCUUUUGAAAGAAAAGUUUUAUGAGCCUUUGAAAGAGAUGACAGCAAGUGAAAACUGUUCCGGAUUGAAAAAAACUCUAGCCCCAAUUAUAAACGUUGAUCUGGACUCUGAUAAGACUCGUUCCGCCAAAGAACUCAAAAAUCUUCUGGAAACAGACAUCGAGGUUUUGAGAAAGAUGUACGUUCCAAUCGGAAAUUACAUUCUGUUAAAUCACGAAGAGUCGCCUGUUUUAAUUCCUUCAUCGAAGUCGGACGAUGUGUUGCCUUACCUUGAAAUUUUCUCAACAGAGUCGCCUGUUUUAAUUCCUUCAUCGAAGUCGGACGAUGUGUUGCCUUACCUUGAAAUUUUCUCAACAGUUGAACUCGAAAAAAUAGAAGGUCACAUGCUGAAACUGUAUGAAAAAGAUUGCAAGCUGAACAAUUAUGCACUUUUGGGCGAUGAUGGAGAUUCGAGAUCCGAAACCCAAAAACUAGAAAAUUUUGUACCAAAAAUUUCAGAAGGUGAGCUGGUUUGCGAGAAUUACGACAACGAAAAGCAUCUGAAGUUGAAUUUGAAAGGAUCAAAUAUCGCCAGUAUUUGUCUGGAGAAUUGUGAAUUCAAUUUUGGGUUUCCUUAUCAACCAUAUGUCUACAAACCAGGCGAUGAUGAAACUAUUUUGUGUCAAGUGGACCAGCUUCCUCCAAAUGCCCCCGAAGAAGAAGCUCCCUACAAAAAAGUAAAGAAGGAGCCAAAAUUUCACAUUAAAAUUGCAACCGUUUUUGGUUUUUGUGACUAUACUUGGCCAACAAACGAAAUCAAAAAUAUUGAUGUACAGACUAUCAUGAAGUUUUCAAAAGAAGCUACUCCAAAGCAAAUUUUGAUGAAAGCGCUUCAAAGAGGCGUGGCGUUGUCAGAUAUGUCAGACGAACCUGCUCUGGAGAAUCUUCUUAUUAAAAGCAUUCAAAUUCUCUCAAAACUUACACUAGACGAAACAGAAUGCGGACAACUGUUAGAUAUUUUCAAAAAACCAAACAAAGAAUUGCAAAACUACUUGAGCACUGAGACUAAGCAUCAGGAACUUCAGCGUAUUCUAGAUAAAAUGACACAAAAAUUGCAGAGUGGCUUGCGGCUAGAAGCGCCGCGACCAGUUUUGCAGACAUUGGUAAUCGCUGUGCUGGCUGUCGGGGGCGGACUUGCAGGAGCUUAUAUUGCUGGUCCGGGCUUGCUUGUUCUCGAAGCCGCGGAUUCUGUUUUAUUUGGGGGAUUUUUAGGAUCGGCUGGUGGUGUAUUUGGUGGUUUUGGCCUAUCGCAACUCCUGAAAAAGGAUAUGGGUAAUAGUAAUUAUGACAUAUGCCUUGAAUUUAUUGUAAAUGAAAUAUUCCAAGCAUGGUCAAAACAAAACCAAUCGCCUGACAAACUUCACGAAGUAACUGCCUUUAAAAACAGAGGUGGUCUGUACAACCUCGAGAAAGCCCUUUUUCUAAUGUUCGAUCCAGAAUUUGGAAACGAAAUUUUCAAAGACUGUUCACUCAAAGACGUGGAUGACUCAUGCAAAGACGAGCUUAUUAAACGAAUAAAGUGCAUCAUUCAAAUGCAUAAAUUGCGCGGAGCCUUAGCAACACAGUGUUUCAUUGGAGUAAUAGGCCCUCAAGAUGCUGGAAAGUCUACAUUUCUGAACAAAAUGUGGAAUUGUGGGGCUGAAACCGGACUACUUCACCAUACGGAUAAAACCACACUCUACGAUAUCAACGAAAAAAUCAAAGUGGUUGAUUUUCCAGGGCAGAAUAGUUUCCAAGAGCACUCAAAAGCGUUCAGUAUCUGUGGGUCUAUGAAUAAUGUCACUGUCGUCAUUCUUCCAUUUGCGGGUGACGUUAGUCAAUUGGUGAGCGACGAGUUGAUAAAAGUGUACCAAGCACUGGCCGAUUCUUCCGACUUUCGAGUGAUCGUGUGUAUCAACAAAUGUGGAAAUAUGCUUAAGGACCUGGUAAAAGAAGAGAUGAAGCUAAAACAGAAACGAAAGGAUAUAACCAACCCACUCAAAGUUCUCAAAGAUAAUUAUCUUCUCGAGCUAAACAAACAUUUUGAGUCAGCAGGAAAAUCGGAACGAAAUACGUUUGAAAAUGCAAAUGUAUUCUUCACGGACUGGGAGUUAGAGGACCAGGAUAGUCGAAACAGAUUCGGAAUUGUAGGGAUCGAGGAAAUCAAAGAGGCACUGAAAGAGAACCUGAUCGACUUGGGGGCUAUCAAGUCAACGAACAGAGAAGGGUUGGAAGCUGCAUUCAAGAAGUUGAAUGACGAGUCAUGAUGGUCUAAAUUAUAGAAAAUGAAAUACUAAAAAGAGUUGCGACCACAAAAGUUAUAAAUCUACAUAUUCAACAUUUGAAUUGUUUCUUAUUGGUUAAAGAAUAUUCAUAAAAAUGAUGAGUAUAAAUUUUUAGCUAUAAAGUGCAUUGCAAAGCUUAAGGUAGUGACUCUAUGAAAUUAAAAACAAUUUUCAUAUUGCAUAAACAAAAACGUAUUUUAUAGUA